AUGUCAGGAAUAGGCCAGUCGAUUGUUAUAAAGAUCGUGGAAGAAGUUUGCCAAGCAUUAGUAGAAUAUUUAUGGGUUGACGCUGUUGAGAAACAUUUUCCGAAAGUAAAGCAAGACUUUGAAUCAAAAAUGAAGGAAAUGGAAUCCGAAUGGCAGUUUUCUUAUAGUUUUUCAGCCAUCGAUGGCUCUCAUUUACCAAUUAAGUGCCCACCUGGAGGAGGAGAGUCAAUGAAACAAUACCAUAAUUUUAAAAAUUUUUACUCCGUUAUUCUUCUAGCCCUAGUUGAUGCUAAAUACAGAUUUAUUUGGGCAAGUAUUGGUGCACCCGGUCACAAUUAUGACUCCACGUUAUUUCAAUCAACAAACUUGUGA